AUGAGCAAUCCGGCGCAACUCUUCCUACUCGCUGAUCACAUAAAACUAUCUCUUCUGGAACGGCAAAGGGCAAUAUCCCUUAGUAUUGAGCCUAACUCGCAGGAUGGCGAAAUAUCCCGUUCUCUAGAAUCCCUGCGCGAAGGAAUUGAAUCGCUUGAUUCGCGAAUUCUGCGGCUCGAGGAGAAUGAUGACCUAACAUCUGCUGCACUGAAAGACCAAAAAAAUAAUCUCAAAGAGCAAUUAGAUGACCUCACUUCACAAUUCUAUGGCAAUAACAACACGUCUUCAGAUACCACGUUGCAAACCCCAAAUGAUCCCUCACUCGUCGAUGAUUUUUCUCGUGCAAGCAGCACGUCCACGACCCUAAAACAUCCUACCCCCCAGCAUCCAAUUUCUAAAUCCGUCAGGUUCACUGACACUCUGACUGCUACUGUUGAGGAGGAGGAUCCCAACCGAAGCGCGCUUCUUCGUCCUUACCGUGACGCCCCUUCCCCGCCAUCAUUAGAUCACUCCAAUCUCUCAAAUUCUGACAUCCACGCGCAUCAUGCCCUGAUCAUGCAAGAGCAGGAUGACCAACUGGAUCGCCUUGGUGAAUCUAUUGGGCGGCAGCAUGAGCUCAGCAUUCAGAUCGGAGACGAGUUGGAAGGGCACAUAGCGCUGCUAGAUGAUAUGGAGGGUCAUGUGGACCGCCAUGCGAGCAGAUUAGAUGGUGCGAAAAGAAGACUGCAGAAAUUCCGACGCAACGCAGGGGAGAGUCGUGGCUUCAUGACUAUCAUCGGUUUAAUCAUCGUCCUGGUGAUCUUGAUUGUUAUCUUGAAAUAAGGUCCAAUUCUUCAGUAGACUGUCGUGUCCAGUCAUUGUUUCACCAAUCUGUGGCCUUUCGUUUUGCUAUUCCUUGGAUCACUUUUGAAUUCUUCAUGGGCGUUUUCCGGCUAGGUACGGAUAUAUAUACUGUAUACGGUCAAUAGGCGUGCUUGGGGACCUGGCGCUUCGGUACAGACCUCUACUUUUUCCCAGUUAUAUUUUGUUUCAGACUACUAUCCUUAUACAUGUCUAACCGCCUUCCUUUCCACAUUUUACACACCUGUCUUUCAAUACGGCUUGUUCUUGUUUGCUUAAAGCUUCAUCUUCUUUUUUUUUUUCUUGUUCGUAUAUUGAGCGUCCUUCAUGUCGGCUUAUCAGGAACCACCCGAGAAACGGUGUGCUUCUAUAUUUAGAUAUGUAUACUUGAAAACAGAAUUAUCUUAAAUGCCA